UUAAAGGUACACCCCCGGAGUGGGCGGAGCUUAAGAGGCGCAUUACACUCCAGCAAAAACAUGAACGCCAUCUGUUCUCAGCUUCCGUGAAACCCGAGCCUAGUGGAAGAAGAUGGUGACCAAAAAGGUUCGCUCGGAGUACAUGAAGAAAUUCAAAGACCCCAAAUGGGAGUCUUAUGCUAAGUGUUACGAGGAGCUGCUGAAGUACAGGCUGAGCCGGAGACUCCUGGAGCAAUCACACAGGCCCUUAUUCUGGAGUGGCUCUGAUACGGACUCUGACUCUGUAGAAGGAGGUUCACCUGAGAGAGGUGAAGACCUUUUGGGGACGCAAUUAGAGGAGUGCCAGGGGGCCAGAGGAGAUCUACCCAGACUGCCCUUGCUGGGGGCCGAGCAGGGGGCUGGCUGCUGUGAUGAUGGAGUCAGAGAGUCUUGUGCACCAGAGGAGCACAGAGGAGUGCGUAUUGUUAAACAGUUCAAAAAUGAACCCCACAGGGAACCACAUGCAGAAAAAGUUCCCACGGUUCCACCGCUGCAGCAGCUUAAACCAAGUAGACUUUCCAAGUUGUCACGUCUUCAGCGGGUACAGUCGACUACACGGCAGCGUCCUAACGAGGACAGUAAACAUCCCUUCGCUAUGUAUGCUUCUGGCGAGAAGGAUGCUGACACUGCAGGCAGAAAGACGCACAAUGUUCUCCCUAUUGCUUCAACCAGUGAGAUCCAUGCAUCCGCUCUUAGGGCAAAGAUCAGAAGGGAAGCGGAGCGACAGGUCCAGACUGAAAGAAGCGAGCGUCGCAGAACCAAGUCAGCGGAUCUGCACAAAGCCAGAAAGACGGUUCAGCCUGAGUUUAACCCUUGGCUCACGGAGUACAUGCGCUGCUUCUCUGCUCGCACCCGAUGAAACGCACACUCAGACACUGAGAAUACAAAGCCAAUAUUUGUGGCUAUUAUUCACCUCAUAAACAGUGAAAGUUACUCUCCGGAUCUUCUAACAGGAACAUUAGUGGCAAUCACCAUUAACUUAAUGGGUAUUAAUACAUAUUUAGGAACUAUGAAGCCAUGUUUGAGCCAAUGAGUGGUUAGGGUGUUGCCCAUCAGGAAAUGUGGAAAAACAGGGUUUGAAUCUUCGCUUGGGUAUCUCUCUGUGGAGUUUGCAUGUGCUCCCCAAUGCGUGGGUGGGUUUUGUUCUGGUUAGAGAUGGGAUUUAUGGCUCUUUGAGGAGAGCUGGAUCUUGGUGAGCCGUUCCUUUCAAAGAGCCGUUCAAAAAAACUGUCUCAAGAAGCCAGCCUGGCCUUAACGCAUUUUAUCGUAAAUUAUCACUGGGAGGAAUGAAUUUAGAUUUACCACUAAUAUGAGUUAGAAUAUAUCACUAUCGCCUCACGACAGUGUUCCCUCGCUACGUCGUGGUUCACCUUUCACCGGUUCGUUGUUAAGCUGUUCAAACUUGCAUAUUUGUUUCAAACAGUAUAUGAAUGAGCAUUGUGUUGUAUUCGAGUGCUCUAUCGGUGCUCUGUGGUGUGUCUUAUUAUAUUUACUACUGCUACAGUUAGCAUGUAGCAGUAGUUAGUAUGUAGCUCCAUCGAUCUGUGUGUUUACUUACGAGCAUAUUAGGAACUCGCAGCAGACAAUAGCCGGAAAAAUAUAGAAGCACAACAGUCCUUAUUGGCUCAGGGAGAACCCGCCUAUUGUAUUCUGCGGUCCUGAUUGCCUCUAGGCCAUUGUCAAUCUCCUUCAUACGAACUAACUACCUUACUGCAUCAGCUGCUUGCUAAUCGCCACUAACCUAACCUAAACCCAAAGCUAAAUCGGCUAAAUGAAUCGUCGGUUCAAGGAGUAGUAUUUUUUUAACAAGGAUACAAAAAUGCUACAGUCAAACGGCGCCAGGACGAAGAAUGGUCACAGCAGCGAAUAUGGUGAGUCACUUCAUAACUUAUGUUACAUCUUAGCUUCGACAUUGUGGCAUGACCCCAGUAUGCAGAGAGUAGGAGACAUGAUUGCAGGUCAAGUAUAUUUUCUUUUACCAAUUGCUGCAACGCAGACAGGACACUAUCACAAGGAGCAUAUAAAGAAAAAUACUUCCACAACCUAGUGCACAGGAGAGUGAUUCAAACUAGGAACAAGUGUGAGUGAUUAACAAGGCAAGUUGAACCGAAAACAAAGUCGGGUAGAAGUGAUUACAAAAUAAGGGUAUACAAACAGGAACUGGGGGCAUGGAAACAAGAACUAAAACAAACCGUCAUGCUGUUUAACUCACAGAUUGUGACAUUAUUGUGUCCAAUGUAGUAGAUUUAUCAUUAAAAUUCAGACAGAAUUUGAAAUUUGGUUAGGGUGUGAGAAAAUAAUUUUUCAAUCUUAUAUGAAAGGUCAAUAUAUCUAAUAUGGGAUGGUAAUGGGUUCCAGAUUUUGGGAGCAGAGCACCUGAAAGCGCUGCCCCCCAUGGUGCUGAGGCGGGCAGAGGCACAGUGAGGUGAAAGGAGGAGGACCUGAGGGAGGGAGCUGGGGUGAUAAUGUGGAGGAGGUGAGUCAAGUACGGAAAGCUGAAGUUGUGUAAGUUCUUAAGGUAUGUAAAGGGAGUUGGUACUGUAUACUCUGCUGGACUGGGAGCCAGUGAAGUUGCUGUAGGAUAGGGGUAAUGUCAUGAAAUGAAAAAGUUAGAAUCCGGACAGGAGACUUCUGGACUAGUUGGAAAAUGUUCAUGCCUGUCUGAGAAGUAUAUAAGUGUAAAAAGGGGAUUGUGAGGGAAUUUACAGCCUUAAAACAUUUACUGUUUAACAAUAGUGAUCAUAUAAAGUUGGCUACUUAUUGCAGGCUAUUUUGGGAACCUAACCUAAACGAGGGAAUAGUGUAUUUAGUACAAAUUCUGUGUAUGUGACUUAAACACGUAUAAACAUUAAGAAACAAAGCAGGCUACAAUGAACAUCUGUGCUAAACAGCUUUUAGUGCAAAGUUUUCCACACAAAAAUAUUAUUGAUAAUACGAAACUACUCUAUGACUGACUCUUUUCCUCAUUUGGCUAUUCAAAAGAUCUGGUUUGUUUGUAAAUGUCCCACAUUCCAAAAACAUGCAUGUUAGGUUAAUUGUUGACUCUAAAUUGUUUGUGAGUGUGAAUGAUUGUCUACUGUGUCCUGCGAUAGGCUGGCGACCAGUUCAGGGUGUAUCUGGUGUAUCUCAGCUAGGAUAGGUUCUAGUAUACUCCUGCGACCCGAGUGACGAUAAGCGGCAUAGAACAUGGAUGAAUGGAAUGGAAGCAAUACUUGAGUCAGUCUCACUUUGUUAAGAAUGUUUCUGUCAGUGACAGACCUGUCAUAGUUGUAAAUGAACUGGUAACGUUGGCACUGGCUAUUGUGGUAAUGUGCUGGUACAUUAACCAGCCUGAAAGCUAGUCAUUAGCAUUGUCAUGAAAAAUGGCUUAGGAAUGUAAUUUUCUGCAGCAUAUUUUGCAGCAUGUUUACUCUUUGUAACCAUAGGAAGUCCAUCCAUCUGUUGCUUAUACCGCUUAUCCUCACUUGGGUAGGCUGGAGCCUAUCCCAGCUGAAUUCGAGCAAGAGGCGAGGUUCACACUGGACUGGUGGCCAGCCAAUCACAGGGCACAUAUAGACAAACAACCAUUCACACUCACAUUCAUGAACAUGCAAACUCCACACAGAGAUGCCCGAGCGGAGAACCAUAGGAAGUCUUUAAACGUAAGUUAGCUUUGUAGUGUUGAGAAGUGUGUUUAUUUUUCUUAAGCCGCUGCACCUUCCCCGAAGUCUUAUUGCACCCCCCAGGGGAGACCUUCCUCACAUUUUGAAACCCCCUGGCUCAGGACGUCAAAUUAGAGUGGCCAUAAAGACAAAAUAGAGGCUAUUUGUUGAUUUAGAAGUAACCCAAAGUACUUUUCCCUGUAUUUGAGUACCCAAAACAUGUUCUUGCUGACACUUGACAAUAUCGAUCAUAUCAUCAGUCCUGAAGGAUGAACUUGUCUGUGCCAUAUAAAGACAUUUAAUAAAGAUAUUAGUACUAAUGUCAAGGGAGUUCAGGCUGGAGUUAACUUGUGCUGCACACUAACUUGUUUUUGUUGCACCUAUUGAGGUCAGUGUUACAUUUUAUGGCUGAAUUAUUCUCCAGUGUAAUUCUGUAAAAAAAGACAUUUUUGAACAAAUAUGUGAAAUUUUGUCUGACGAUCUUGUAGGUGAAUGGGGGGUGGGGGGGGGGCAAUAGGAUGUCACUGAUUUAUUGGUGUGUUGGUUUAAUUUAUCUUUUAGAAAAGAUUUUUUUCAACAUUAAUCCACUUUGAAUGAAAUUACAUUUACCACAACACAUUAACUGUUUCUUUACCUUUCAAACAUCAAUAAAUCCUGUUUCCA